AUGAGCCUUUCGGCUCGUCGUAGUCAGGUGACCUCAGUGGGCACUGUUGGCGGCAUAGAGCUGGAGAGACUUUUCAAAGCCUGAGGCGGUUGUAGGGCGCGGCCAUGGCUCUGGACCCCUGGCUUUCGAUGUAUGAUUCUACUUGCCAUACCGCCCAAGAAGUUGCUGAAAAAAUUCAAGAACGCAACAGAUUCCAGAGGAAUGGUGAGAGUACAGCUAAGCUCAAUGUUGCUAUUAGGUCACUCUUGCAAAAUCUCAAAGAAAAGACAGAUCAAUUGAAAGACCAACUGUUUCGUUCUGUAUCAACACGUCAGAUAACACAACUUGAAGGGGACAGACGGCAAAAUUUAGUGGAUGAGCUUCACACACGUCACAGGCAACUUCAGGCAUCUUUCAAAAAUGAAGGCACAGAGCCAGAUGUUAUAAGGUCUAGCCUAAUGGCAGGAGGUGUCAAGCAAAAUAUAACAAAUCCAUGGCUUGUGGAGGAGUCUGAGGAAACAAGGGGGCUUGGCUUUAAUGAAAUACAACAGCAGCAAAAAAGAAUAAUAGAAGAGCAAGAUGCUGGCCUUGAUGCUCUCUCUUCAAUUCUAUCACGGCAAAAACAAAUGGGACAGGAAAUCGGGAAUGAAUUAGAGGAACAGAAUGAAAUCAUUGAUGAUUUGGCCAAUUUGGUAGAAAAUACUGAUGACAAGCUGCGCUGCCAAACCAGACGUGUGAUGAUGGUGGAGAAAAAGUCAACUUCCUGUGGUAUGAUGGUGGUGAUCGUGUUGCUGCUGAUUGCAAUUGUUGUCGUUGCUGCUUGGCCUACAAAGUAAUCCUCAGAGGUGGCACUUUGCAAGAUAGGGUUUGGAGGCAUCAGGGGCAAGUCCAAGCCCCCUCGCUCUUGGAACAGAGUCAACUGUAUUCAGCCCCUUCUCAGGGCACAAUGGCAAAUCCACAGCAAGUAAAGGGUUUUCUUCCCAACAAGCUCAGUCCAGUAAGACUUUUGAAGAACAUAACUGGAAGGGGACUGAUCAUCCGCAAACAUAGGUGAAGAAAUGCAGUUAAUUCCAAAGAGAUGGUCUCUGAUUUGCUUUUAUGCUUUUGAGAGCGGAUGAUGUUAAUAUCUGGAGUGCCUGGGUAAAAUGUUAAAGACUUUUCUUUCUAAUGUGUUUCCUUGGAUCUAACGUGUUUAACAUUUUUAUCCUAGAUUCCAUGGCACUGAAUCCAGGAAUGAUUUUGCAUGAACUGCAGCUUUGUUUGAAGGCACAAAAUACAGUUUUUCAAAUGCAGAGAAAUGUCUUAGUCUCUGUCACAGUAUGCUUUUAUUGUCCUUGAUUUCUCCUGUAUAUACACUAAUACCUGAGAAGAAAAGUAUACCUAAAUUCCAGAAUCUCUUUUCUAUAUGUUCUGAAAGCAAAUAAGAGAGACUAGCAAUAUGAGAAAAAGAAGAAGAAAUCAUAUAAAGUUAAUUCAUCUUCAGAAUUUUGCUACCUAUGUGCCAACUUGAUGGCUAGCACAAAAAUAAGACUGAAUAAAAGCCAUUUCAUUUCUAAA